AUGGGAGACCCAUCUGAGCCCAAGGAACUGCCUGAACGCAUCUUGAAAAGAGAUCUCUACGAGUUUGGCCGGCGACGCAGAACUGACGGCCCCUAUGCGGACAACCUUGAUGUCGAAGUCUUGAUCGUUGGUGCAGGGUUCGGAGGCACGUACCUUCUGUAUGAGAUGCGGAAGGCCGGCUUCAAAACCGUUCUGUAUGAAGCAGGUACCUCGUUUGGGGGUACGUGGAGAUGGAACAUAUAUCCAGGCGCCCGCGUCGAUUCCGAGGUUCCCAUCUAUCAGCUGGCCAUCCCAGAGGUAUACAAGACCUGGACCUGGACGACCAAUUACCCAGACUGGACUGAACUUCAAGCGUAUUUUGACCAUGUAGACAAGGUCUGCGACUUGAGCAAAGAUUGUGCCUUCGAAAGCGUUGUCACCAGCGCAGAGUUCGACACGGACUCGGGGAAGUGGAACAUCAAGACUGCUGACGGUCGCAACGCCAAAUGCAAAUUCCUGGUCAUUGCCGCCGGAUUUGCAGCCAAGAGAUACAUCCCCGACUAUCCUAGCAUGGAGAAGUUCAAGGGAAUAAUGCACCACUCUUCAUUCUGGCCCACAGAGGGCGUUGAUGCUCGCGGGAAGAAAGUCGCCGUCAUUGGCACUGGUGCCUCGGGAGUACAGAUUAUCCAAGAAUGGGGACCUCAAGUCGAAAGUUUGACCGUCUUCCAGAGGACACCCAACCUGGCAUUGCCUAUGGGCAAACGAGACUUGACCAAAGAAGAGCAGCAAACAUUAUACCCGGCGUACGGCGACCUCCUUCGUAUGCGUGAGAAGACCUUUGCCGGCUUUACGUACGAAUUUGAAGAACGCGAAACCUUUGAAGACACCCCUGAAGAGCGCGAGGCCGUCUACGAACGCAUGUGGAAAAGAGCGGGCUUCGGCCUCUGGCUAGGCUCCCAUAAGGACUACCUCUUCGACUUGAAAGCGAACCGCUGCGUCUACGACUUCUGGCGCAAGAAGCAGGAGACCCGCAUCAAGAAUCCCGAGAAGCGCGCUCUGCUCUGCCCCGUGGAACCACCACACCCAUUCGGUGUUAAGCGGCCUUGCCUCGAACAGAACUACUACGAAGUCCUCGACAGCGACAAUGUCAACAUUGUAGACAUUUCCGAAAAGUCCGGCAUUAAGAUUGAAGAGUUUACCGAGACGGGCAUCAAGACCAGUGACGGCAAGCACCACGAAUUCGACAUCAUCGCCCUCGCGACGGGCUUUGAUAUUACCACGGGAGGAAUGACGAAUAUGGGGUUGAAGUCCAUAAACGGCACCACCUUGCACGACGAAUGGAAGGAAGCGGCAUACACUUAUCUGGGAACUACUAUCUCAGGAUACCCGAAUAUGUUCCAUCUCUACGGUCCUCACGGCCCGACCCUCCUCGCCAAUGGCCCCUCGGCCGUCGAAGUCCAAGGCCGCUGGAUCCGCGACGCUAUUAGGGAUAUUGACCGCCAGGGCGUGAAGUACAUCAACGCCACCCAAGAAGCGAGCCGGAAGUGGAAGGACCACAUCAACGAGUUGAGUGACAAGACAUUGCUGCCAACUACGAGGAGUACAUAUAUGGGCGGGAGUGUCCCAGGCAAGGCCUUCGAACAGGUCAACUACUCAGGCGGCAUCCCAGAGUACGUCAAGGAGAUCCGCGCCGUGUUGCCGGCUUUCACGGGCUUCCAUGUCGUCAAGGCAUGA